AUGUCAUCCGACAGUACCUUUCACCAGCCUAAUCGCGACUCUGGAUAUGAGACACUUGGAUCACCUCAAUUCGCGCGCAACGGAAGUUAUGAUGAAUCGGUGUUUAGCACCGCCACACCUGACAAAGGUUCCAAUGCCACUCCUGAAGCUGCCGCGCCGGCACCCCCAGAGGUAGUGGUAUCAACUGGUACGAAGGACAGCGCAAAGGGCGCCGAAGAAGGAGGAAAGAAACCGAAUAAUCUGCUUCGCAGAAUCAAGGGCGGUUUGUGGGGUGCUGGCUCAUCACGCGGAAAGCAAUCCGUUGCUCAACCUGUAGCGCAACUCGUCAACAAAGAUGGCGAGGGGACCUCUGAGGCGGCUUCAGCCCAACACUCGGACAAAACAGUCGCAAGUAUUGAGGAAGGCGAAACGGAAUUGGAAAGAAACAAGAGCGGCGAGGGGAAGGACAAGCCAACUGUCGAGCUACCAUUGGCGUGCUUUGUGGACGCCUCCGAAAAUAUCAGUUCCGUUGAUGCGGUGGUCCGGGUUCCAACAGCAACGCCUGGUCCUUUGUGGAAAAACGAUGGGCCCGGUGAUCAUCGCAUAAACGGCACCAUUCUACUACGCGCGAAGAGUAUCUCCGCAGGCCCAAAGAGUGAAUUCUCGGCGCUCUUCUCUGAACGAUUGGAGUCGCUGGCCGGUGAUGACUCUGGUCCUGUUCACCAGGAAAUUAAUGAUCAAAUCAGUACUUACGAGUCCACUAUCGGUUCAAACCACUCUAAUAACUGGCGCCCUGGCACAUCCGCGGACUCGCUCCAUUCUUACAUCGGCAGUUCGGAUGAGGACGAGUACCUUUCAGAAGGCGAGAGUUGGGAGUCUGUGCCUCGCGGCCGGUCCCAGUCAAAUAAUAAAGGGUGUAUUGCGACAGACGCCCAGAUCAGAAGCCAUUCGCGCUCACAAACUGACGAAACAGUCAAAUAUACGCCCGGGCGACCAAAUAUUACUGUUACAGAAUGUCCUGUAUUCCGCUUCCCACCCCCCACCCUACAGUCUUUGGAAACUCCAGUAUCUCCAAACGAUUCCCAGGGUCCUCGCGAAGAACAGGACGACAUGGCCUACACAUUGAGUCUCCCCUCGUCAAUGAAAAGCUCGGUAUACAGUUAUGCCCCCACCACUCCACCGAGCACGCCAAUCCUUCGUACUCCACCACCGGAGGGGAUAGAUUACGUUCCAGUUGAGAUUGAACCUUUCAUAGUCCCGAAGAUCACUGUUCUGCCAGGAGAGUCCAUGCUUGAUAUGUGCAUGGAGAUGAACAAGCUCGCCCAGGAUGCUCCGGAGAUGUUCAGUUCGCCUCCCCAAAGUCAGCCAACCGAUGAAAGCUUGGAGUCCGGGAGGUUGCCCUUCGACUCCAGGGGGGGGAUCAUCGGCAAGACUCUUGGAAGGGCUUUCGGAAAGUUGUUCAGACGCAAUACGGUACAACCGAAUCGAUCAGCAGGCAAGCCAAGAAAAAGGACAGCGUCUCUCAAAUAA